CGAAUAACUAGCAGCACUGUAUGUGAAUGUGGCAACCGAGGUAGACAGGGAGGGGUACAUAGACUGACUAGACCAGGGCUUUUUGUCUUUUUGCUUUCUUUUUCUUUUCUUACAGAGCCAAGUGUGUCCUCUUUUUGUGACGCCACGGCUGUAAACUUGUUUGUAGACGUGAAAGCCCGCCGCUGCUUUUCUUUGGGACGAAUCGGUACCGUUGUGAAAAACAGCCCCGAAGAAAGAAGGAAAGGGAGAAACAACAUGGGGCUAUAAUACAAAAAAUAAAUAAUAGGUGUUAUGUUAUGAACCGACGAUGAAUCUCUGGGAGGAUCCGUGAAGCUUAUUUAUUUUUUUAUUUAUUCCUCCUCUUCCCUUUCCCUUGUGUCCCUUUUUGUUGUUUUAUUUUUUUGAAUUUUUUUUUCUCCUCCUCCCUUGCUACUUUGGGAGGUUGUUUUUAUAAAAAAAAAGAAAAAAGAAACAAGGCAACGGGAUACGUUACAACAAGGACUGAAGGAUGGACCAAGCCGGCAUCCUGAGAAAGUUUAUCCAGGGGGUGAAGGCCAUGAGCGAGGGGGACGAGGAGAGGGGAGAGGACAACUUCGGCAGCGACUUUAUGCGGUUACGGCGGUUAUCGACUAAAUAUCGGACGGAGAAGAUCUACCCCACCAACGUAGGAGAGAAGGAGGAGAAUGUCAAGAAGAACAGAUAUAAAGAUAUACUGCCAUUUGAUCACACCAGGGUGAAGCUGACGUUAAAAACGACCAAUCAGGACACAGAUUACGUCAAUGCUAACUUCAUCAAGGGUAUGGAUGGCCCAGAGGCCUACAUCGCAACUCAGGGCCCACUGCCGAACACUGUCAUGGACUUCUGGAGGAUGAACUGGGAGUACAAUGUAGCUGUUAUUGUGAUGGCUUGUCGAGAGUUUGAGAUGGGAAGGAAAAAGUGUGAGCGGUAUUUCCCGCUGCACGGGGAGGAGCCCAUGAGUUUUGGCCCCUUCAGAAUCUCCUGUGAAUCGGAGCAGAGCAGAACAGACUACUUCAUCAGGACUCUUACGGUGGAGAACGAGAAUGAAACCCGGAGUAUAACACAGUUCCAUUAUAUGAACUGGCCCGAUCACGACGUCCCCUCAUCAUUUGACUCCAUACUGGAUAUGAUUGGACUAAUGAGGAAAUACCAAGAGAAUGAUGAUGUCCCUAUAUGUGUGCACUGCAGUGCCGGCUGUGGGAGGACGGGUGCUAUCUGUGCUAUUGACUACACAUGGAACCUCCUCAAAGCUGGGAAAAUACCGGAAGAUUUUAAUGUUUUUCGGUUGAUCCAAGAGAUGAGGACGCAACGACACUCCGCUGUACAGACCAAGGAGCAGUACGAGUUGGUGCAUAGAGCGAUCGCCCAGCUCUUUGAGAAACAACUGCAGCUACUGGAGAGCCCCACCAACACGAAGAUACAAGAGGGCAUGAUUGAAAGCAGCCCAGAUAAAGCCGGCCACCAGUCGGAUGAUGAGAGAUGGGACACCCCUCCUCCGAAACCUCCCCGCGUACGCAGUUCGCAGGUAGAAGGUGAUGUGAAGGAGGAGAUCCUCCAGCCCCCGGAGCCUCACCCCGUACCCCCCAUUCUGACCCCGUCUCCACCUUCAGCCUUCCCCACCGUCACCAACGUGCGGCAGGACAACGACCGCUACCACCCCAAACCUGUCAUCCACGUCCUGGCGAAUAAAGACUCGGACCAGCAGCAGAACCAGUCAGGACCCGGUCCGAACAAGCAGACCAGUCCCGCAGACCAGAAAGACCAAGAUCUACUAAGUCAAAAACAGCAGACUCAGGUCUCGAAUCUAGAUCUCAACGACAACUAUAACAACAAAUCGACUUCGACGAAAUCUGAAUCGGGCCAAAGUCAGACGCAGACUCCCUCCUCGCCGCUCUCUCCAGCCGUUGAAUGUUCUGGUGCUCCUCGGAUCGAGAGGAAGCUGAGCAUUGAGAUUAAAAAGGUGCCGUUACAGGAAGGACCUCGUAGUUUUGACACUUCCUCCUCCAUUGUCGUAGCAGGCGGAACCGGCAGCAGUUCCACCAACAGCGCAGGAGUGCUGCAAAGAACCCACGCCUUCAAAGCCCGCUCCGGCCAAUCCCUGCUGACGUCUAGCUCCUCGCUGUCAGAGGACUCGGGCACGGAGGGAGGUGGAUGUGGGGAGAGUCACGCAGACGUCGGCGUCCUAGUCAGACCAAACCACCUCCCCGUGAAGAGUGAGAAGGGGGAGACGCACCAAGGGGAGGAAAUGGAGGUGAAGGCCGGCCACGCAGCGUGGGCUCAGGCCCUCAACAGCCCGCAAAAACAUUUCCCCAAAACCUCGUCCUCGUCUCCCUCCUCGGAUCGCGUCGCUCCAUCCUCGUCCUCUUCCUCCCACAUCUCCUCCUCCUCUUCCUCCUCCUCCUCUUCCUCCUCCUCAUCAACACCUGUUAGGACUGCCCUGAGUUUCACCAACCCCCUGCACUCCGAUAAUUCGGACGCGGAGGGGGAGAUGUCCGGAGGAAAGGAGGGUUGUCGUACUAAUGUAUCCACGGCAACGGCCAUGGUAACCACAUCUUCUCUCCACGGAGACCAGCAGCCGGUCCGGAAGGUGUUGCCCAUGUCCAUCGCAGGGCAGAGCUCUGCAAACUGCUGGGACAGCGAUGACUCCCCUCCCCCCCUCCCUGCGAGAACACCCGAGUCCUUCCUACUGGCCACAGACCCUCUGGAAGUGAAAACGUCGGCCUCGGCUGAAUGGAGCAGUUCAAAUAAAGAUGUGUUGGAGCGUGUCAAGAAGACAUCUCCAGCUGAUCCUGCAUCUGCUGGCACCACAGUGACGGACAGCAAGGCAGACCUCGGUGGGGUUCGGUAACCGCUGCAUUCAGCCCAAAGGCCCCCGGGAACCCCCUCUGGAGUGGACAUGAUGGGACGAUCCAUCUGCCCGUCCACCAACGGUGUCCUCCCUUGUCAAGAGAUGGUCGCUACCGAUCUCAUCUGGCUGGUCCAAAAAACCUAGUUGAUAGAUGCUCCACAGACAGACAGCGCACUUUUACACAGAAACGCCUUCUGUGUAACUGUGCAACAGCUCCUCCUCCAUCUCCUCCUGCUCCUCCAUAUCCUCCUGCUCCUCCCACUCGGUCCUUCUUCAGAGUAACAUUGUGCAAAGCAGAUGAACCCUUACCGGUCAAGUGGCUUGUCCACGUUUUCCUGCUCAGCUUGCUGAUGUUCUAGGUUUUCACUUCUCUAGACGCUGCUUUCCUGUUAAUGGUUCAAGAAUAAUUCCUGUUUUGGUGACUUCAGUUAAAAAAAAAACAACUAAAAAAAAAACGUUAUUGUUUUUGCUCUCAUGAUGAUGAAAUGCAGGUGUGACCUUAGACGUUAAAUCAAAAAUGUAUUUCAUUCCAAAUGAGAAAAGCUGCUGGGGGAAGCUGAUUCCUGGGGUUUAAGUGAACUCCCAUAAGGCGUCUGCUUCCUUCUUCUGAAUGAACAACAAUCUUCAAAGCAAGCCUAGAUAAUCUAUUACCCAUGAUGCAACAUUUUCUGUUUGGUAUGUCCAGGUUGCCAGGGUGCUCCUCUCUCUCUCCCCCCUCUCUCUUUCAGUGUGCUGGUGCUACAUUAUAAAGGAUCAGCGUAGGAACGGAAACACUACAGCUGAAUGUUAACAACCUGUUACCUGUUUCUCACCUCCGUUGGGCUUUCCUGUUGGAUUUAUUCCUGUAUUAGCUGCAGUACCUUCAGCUCGAGGACUUUAUAUUUCUAUGAUGACCUCACCAGAGUCAUAGAUUGACAUAGUUCGGUCAUUGCAGAAGUCAGCUGGCGGCUUUAGCGGAAGUGUUCCACAUAUAUGGGAAAUAAACACUUUCCUUGUGUUUGUUGAGAGGUUUCAUCCCACUCUCAUGUCUGUAUGUGGAGCCAGAAGCUGCUCGGCUGAGCAUUUAGACUUGACACGUAUACAUUUUGUUUUUUACACUUCAGUUUUUGCACUUAUAAAAUAUAAAACAUGUGAGACAUUAAGUAGUGCAUUGUGGAAGUGCGGCUCGGCGGACUUCAGGAACUCUGAACUAGCUUUUCCCCUCCUUUAUGCCAAGCUAACCGGCUGCUCUCUGUGGCCUCAUAUUUACCGUAAAGACAUGAAAGUGGGAUCGAUCUUGUCAGCCCGGCGGGAAAGAAACAGGCGUAUUUCUCAAAAUGUGGAGCUGUUUAAAUGUCUGCUAAUUCUGCAAUCAUCAUGUUGACAUCUUCAUGUGGCAGAAGAAAACAAAGCUGAAUGCAGAGAUACUGCGAAUUGAAACCUAGGAGUUCUGUGACAGGUGAUACUUCACUAUGAUUUGCAAAAAGUUAAACCAAAGAGUGAUGUUCCCUUCUCCAAUUACCAUGAGAACAAGCAAUGACUAGUUAGAAAUAACAGCAGAAGCAUGUCAGACACCUGUAUCCUCAAAGAUUUUAAGCCAAAAUGUGCAACUGCGUGUCCAAGAAUUCCGCUUUCUUCCAGCCAGACACGGUUGAAAUGACUUCAAAACACAAAUCAGUAAUGGCCGAACUCAUCCGGUGACUCUGGCUCUCCACUGCUGGCAACAUGAGCUUGCCUUCGUCUGCCUCUCGGAGGAGACAGCCAAUGACAGUCCUCCUUAAUUUGGCUUCUCUCAUUAGCUCAUAUGAGCGUCUCUUGGUUGCUACAUGGGACUCCUAUUUCCUGUUUACUUUUUUCCUGUUGUACCUUUUUGCUCAUUCUCCUCUUGUUGGAUGAUCGACCACGCGGGUCAAUUAUCUUGUUUAUUUUAGCAGCCGUUUCCUCACAGUAAAUCUCCAGUGGUUCGGAGUUUGAAUGUUACACAUCACCUGAAACUCUCAUGGGACUCGACCGAUUAUUAUUAAGUCUGGUUUCCCAUAACAACCAAUUCUCUUCAAAUCUGACUUGUAUGGUUUUUCAUUUGAGGGCCAAAUGUAAAAGUCCAACUGUAUCUGCUUCUGUAUGUGUGAGACAAUGAUGAUAGGGACCCAGGACUACUGUUUCCUCUGCUAACUUCAUUAGCUACCAUAACUAUACAGUAUAUGCAUUGUUUUAUAAAGAAAAAAAUCUGUACAGGGCAGUUUCAGUAUAUAAUAUUUCCAGCAUUUUUUGUUAUCUCUUUAAAUAUUCUUAUUAACAGAAGAUGUAAGAAAGUCAGUGCAUGAUGAUGAUGAUUCCUCCCCUACGCAGUGUUUCCCUUCAAACUGUAAAUUAUUCUGCUGCCCGUUUUUGUUUUUGCUUCUGGCAAAUAUUUCAGGGUUGUUUUUAUUUCUUAUGUUGGAGGUAUAUGCUUAAAAAGAUUUAAAAUGUAGUUUUAAUCGGUUGGCAGAAGGAAAGCAUUGACUGCCAUCCAGCCCCCUUUAUGAUAGCUACACCGGGCUUCGAAUAAGAUUGUAAUAAUAAUAUUAAUAAUGAUGAUGAUGAUGAUAAUAAUGGUCGUUUUUUUGUAAAUGGUAUUUUAAAAGUUAUUUUUGUAUACACGGUUGUUUGUUGCAUCACAAGUCCACUCUCCCCACCUAACCCCCCAGUUAAACCCCCACUUCUCUCUUCUCACAUACUUUCUCCACCUCUUCAUCAUUUUCUUUUGAUUUAUUUUUCUUCUGUUUCGGCCCUUUCAUGUAGAACAUGCAACAGAAAUGGGUCUUCUGUUCUGUACCUGGAGCAUCUCAUUCUUUUCUGCUUCGCUCAUACUUCCCCUUGCUGUUUUCUCUUUCUUAUCCCCCUUCCAUCCUCCUCUUUGCUUUUUUGUUUUAAAGGUCUGUCGUUUUCAACAUCCCUCUUGGUGCCAACAGAUCAAUUCGAGUAAUGCCUCUCUAACUAGUGUCAGUGGGUCAAAUUAACUAAAUACGCUGAAUGAAACUGGAGAAUAGA